AUAUAGUAAAAUCUAUGGAUUAAGUUAGAAAUCAUCUAUCCCAUAUAUUUUGCGGUCACGUGGCUUCAAGUGUACAUUAAACCGCCAGCACAAGACCAGCCUGGCCAACAUGGUGAAUCCCCGUCUCUACAAAAAAAAAAAAAAAAAAAAAAAAAAAAAAAAAUUAGCCGGGCGUGGUGACCCCUGCCUAUAGUCCCAACUAGUGGGCAGUCUGAGGUGGAAGGAUAGUUUGGGAGGAUCGCUUGAGUCCGGGAGGUCGAGACUACAGUGAGCCGAGAUUCUGCCACUGCACUCCAGCCUGAGCGACAGACAGUGAGAUGCUAUCUCAAAAACAAAACAACAAAAAAUCAGCACAUCAGCCUGGCCUGAUGGUGUGCCCCUGUAGUCCGUAGCUACUUGGGAGACUGAAGCAGGAGGAUCGUUUGACCGUCAGAAUUUGAGGCUGCAGUGAUCCCUGAUUGCGCGCUCCAGCCUAGGCGACACACCCCACUACUGCUUGACUUCCUUCCCACGGCAAGGUGAUUUUGCAAUUACUACAAGGAAAGAGGAGAAAUGCUAAUUUCUCAUUUUGUACCUCCCUGGAUCCCGUGUCCAUGCCGGCAGAACGCCACCAUAAAGCUACACCUUUUUUUUUUUAAAGAGAUGCGACUGAGAAAUAUGCCAGAUCAGAGUAAUGCUCCAAUGCUUUCCGUUUCUCUGGAGAAAGGAGCAAAGGGAAGACUCCUGCUGCACUGAGAAACGAGAGCUAACGUUAAAAUGUUGCCUGUGUUUCAGGAGCUUCAUUUACUUCAGUCCUGUGGUCCUUAACACUCCUAGAGCAUUAUCACCCUUUAAGUGCUCUGUAAGUCACCAAACCAACAGUUCAGUAAUUAUGUUCUUAGCACUACACGCUCCUACCCUAACAGCUCAAUUUAAUGUUGCUACGAUUUGAGAGAGUGUGGCUUGAUUCGGUAGGAUAAAAACUCUUAGUAUUCGCCUAACAUUACGGGCCACUGAGUUAACCUGCACCGGGUCUCCCAGUUCUACCGAGAGUGGAGGUCUUCCUGGAGGAGGUGGGGUCCGGCCCUCAGGCACACCCUUUGGCCCCGCCCUUCCGGGCUUUGCUUCCGGGGCGGUAAGGGCAGCCACGUCAUCCCCCCGCUCCGCUCCCCAGCCGGGCAGUGGCUCGUGGGAGCCAAGAUGGCGGCGGCGGCGGCAGCGACAGCAGCAGCAGCAGCAGCCAGUAUUCGGGAAAGGCAGACAGUGGCUUUGAAGCGUAUGUUGAAUUUCAAUGUGCCUCAUAUUAAAAACAGCACAGGAGAACCAGUAUGGAAGGUACUCAUUUAUGACAGAUUUGGCCAAGAUAUAAUCUCUCCUCUGCUAUCUGUGAAGGAGCUAAGAGACAUGGGAAUCACUCUGCAUCUGCUUUUACACUCUGAUCGAGAUCCUAUUCCAGAUGUUCCUGCAGUAUACUUUGUAAUGCCAACUGAAGAAAAUAUUGACAGAAUGUGCCAGGAUCUUCGAAAUCAACUAUAUGAAUCAUAUUAUUUAAAUUUUAUUUCUGCUAUUUCAAGAAGUAAACUGGAAGAUAUUGCAAAUGCAGCGUUAGCAGCUAGUGCAGUAACACAAGUAGCCAAGGUUUUUGACCAAUAUCUCAAUUUUAUUACUUUGGAAGAUGAUAUGUUUGUAUUAUGUAAUCAAAAUAAGGAGCUUGUUUCAUAUCGUGCCAUUAACAGGCCAGAUAUCACAGACACGGAAAUGGAAACUGUUAUGGACACUAUAGUUGACAGCCUCUUCUGCUUUUUUGUUACUCUGGGUGCUGUUCCUAUAAUCAGAUGUUCAAGAGGAACAGCAGCAGAAAUGGUAGCAGUGAAACUAGACAAGAAACUUCGAGAAAAUCUAAGAGAUGCAAGAAACAGUCUUUUUACAGGUGAUACACUUGGAGCUGGCCAAUUCAGCUUCCAGAGGCCCUUAUUAGUCCUUGUUGACAGAAACAUAGAUUUGGCAACUCCUUUACAUCAUACUUGGACAUAUCAAGCAUUGGUGCACGAUGUACUGGAUUUCCAUUUAAACAGGGUUAAUUUGGAAGAAUCUUCAGGAGUGGAAAACUCUCCAGCUGGUGCUAGACCAAAGAGAAAAAACAAGAAGUCUUAUGAUUUAACUCCGGUUGAUAAAUUUUGGCAAAAACAUAAAGGAAGUCCAUUCCCAGAAGUUGCAGAAUCAGUUCAACAAGAACUAGAAUCUUACAGAGCACAGGAAGAUGAGGUCAAACGACUUAAAAGCAUUAUGGGACUAGAAGGGGAAGAUGAAGGAGCCAUAAGUAUGCUUUCUGACAAUACCGCUAAGCUAACAUCAGCUGUUAGUUCUUUGCCAGAACUCCUUGAGAAAAAAAGACUUAUUGAUCUCCAUACAAAUGUUGCCACUGCUGUUUUAGAACAUAUAAAGGCAAGAAAAUUGGAUGUAUAUUUUGAAUAUGAAGAAAAAAUAAUGAGCAAAACUACUCUGGAUAAAUCUCUUCUAGAUAUAAUAUCAGACCCUGAUGCAGGAACUCCAGAAGAUAAAAUGAGGUUGUUUCUUAUCUAUUAUAUAAGCACACAGCAAGCACCUUCUGAGGCUGAUUUGGAGCAAUAUAAAAAAGCUUUAACUGAUGCAGGAUGCAACCUUAAUCCUUUACAAUAUAUCAAACAGUGGAAGGCUUUUACCAAGAUGGCCUCAGCUCCGGCCAGCUAUGGCAGCACUACCACUAAACCAAUGGGUCUUUUAUCACGAGUCAUGAAUACAGGAUCACAGUUUGUGAUGGAAGGAGUGAAGAACCUGGUUUUGAAACAGCAAAAUCUACCUGUUACUCGUAUUUUGGACAAUCUUAUGGAGAUGAAGUCAAACCCCGAAACUGAUGACUAUAGAUAUUUUGAUCCCAAAAUGCUGCGGGGCAAUGACAGCUCAGUUCCCAGAAAUAAAAAUCCAUUCCAAGAGGCCAUUGUUUUUGUGGUGGGAGGAGGCAACUACAUUGAAUAUCAGAAUCUUGUUGACUACAUAAAGGGGAAACAAGGCAAACACAUUUUAUAUGGCUGCAGUGAGCUUUUUAAUGCUACACAGUUCAUAAAACAGUUGUCACAACUUGGACAAAAGUAACACAGAAGAACCUUACUAUGAUAAUCUACUUGGAAUGUGGAUAAAUGUAAAAAGAAAGAAGAAAAGUUAGAAGAGCAAUAUGUUUCCUUCUCUGUAACAGUGUCCUAACAGUGAAAAUCAGAGUUAUUUGUUAAUUUUUAAGGAAAUUAUAUACUUAAUAUGUAUUGAUUAAAAGAAACAUUUCAGAAAUAAAA